GUUACCAACUACCACAUGAUAUAAAUGCAUAUAUAUGUGCGGAUAUAAAUAAAUACUCAUUCGAUUCGUAUUACAUGAGAGGUGCACCGCAUUGGAGCUUUCUCUGCAGGAAAACUAGUCUCGAAAAAAGCGUCGAAGAAAAGCCACGCUGUGCAACAAAAUUCGUCCGCACCCGGCGUAACAGCAGCAGCAAUAACUUAGGAUCUCAGCACCGGCAGUUCGGUAGUGAGCGUGAACCGGCUGUAAUAACAAUAACAAAACCAACACCAGUCAACAUUUCGUCCUCAAAUCGAAAACUGUCAGACCUGGUGAUGGCCAAACGAGCCGCUGGAUUUCUCAUAUUUCGCCGGCUUUGCGAACGAAUCGAAUAUCUGAUGCUGCAGGCCUCCUACGGCCAGCACCACUGGUCCCCUCCGAAGGGACACGUCGAUCCGGGCGAGGACGACUUCAAAACCGCCCUCCGGGAGACAGCCGAAGAAUCGGGAUACCAGGAGACCGAUCUUCGCGUCUACAAGAACCAAUCACGAACACUCGAAUACAAGGUCAAGGGUCACGACAAAGUCGUUGUCUACUGGCUAGCGGAACUGACCGACCCAUCCAAGGAAGUUAAGCUAUCCGAUGAACAUCAGGAUCUGAAAUGGCUGGAGCGUGACGAUGCAAUACAGAUUGCCGGUUACGAGGACUUUGCCGUCAUGGUCCGGCACUUUGACGACAAAAUUAAACAGGGUUAUGACCAGCUGUGAGCAUCCUUCCCCACGAGGAGCGUUAUUAUCGAAAUAUCUAACUAUAUAAAACGAGUUUUCCUUUAUAUUAUUUUUUCCUAUUACACGCAUAUACAUAUACAUAAUUAUAUUUAAAAGAGAAUGAAAUGUCGUCGGACGUGAGAAGAGAGUAUCGAUUUACAAUUUUUAUCUUAUUAGCUUUUAAACUCGCACUCGCCGCUUUUGGAACUAACCGGUGAGGGAGUGGAAAGGCACCUACUCAGUGCUGAAUGAGUGUGUUGGGCUGACCAAAACGUUUAUGAAACAUAUGGAAACUACACACCUAAUUUCAGCCGUAAAAUUGAAUUUAUAAACCUAGCUUGCAAAACGCUAAUAAAAUAAGAUUGACGAAAAAGUAAGGCUCAGUGAAAUUAAUAAAUAUUAUUGCAUAGCAAAUAA